GGUCUCCCCAGUGGCCUCUGCCUGUCCCGUCCGCCUCCCUCACUCUGCCCAACUGCUGCCACCAGGCCCCAGACACCUGCUCCGCUCUGGGAAGAUGGCCGCUCUGCACAUGCCGUGGCCGGGGCUGGUUCUGCUGGGGGUCCUCGGGAUCCUGCAGACCCAGGCAGAGGCCCAGGUCUCCCUGCAGCCCAACUUCCUGCAGGACAAGUUCCUGGGGCGCUGGUUCACCUCGGGCCUCGCCUCCAACUCGAGCUGGUUGCGGGAGAAGAAGGAGAAUCUGUACAUGUGCAAGUCGGUGGUGGCCCCGAUGGCGGACGGUGGCCUCAACUUCACCAACACCUUCCUCAGGAAAAACCAGUGCGAUACCCGGACUCUGCUGCUGCGGCCCGCGGGCCCGCCGGGCCACUACAGCUACACGAGUCCCCACUCGGGCAGCGCGCAUGCCGUGUGGGUGGUGGACACCGACUAUGAGGACUACGCCCUGCUCUACACCUCGGGCACCACAGCCCUCGGCCAGGACACCCACAUGGCCUUCCUCUACAGCCGUACCCAGACCCCCAGGGCCGAAGUGAAGGAGAAAUUCACCACCUUCGCGGAGGCCCAGGGCUUCACAGAGGACACCAUUGUCUUCCUGCCCCAAAUCGAUAAGUGCCUGGAGUAGCACAAGUAGGUGACCCCAGCCCUCAAGACCUGGUCAGCCCGCCCUGCUCCGUUCUCCUCCAAGACCCCAGCCAUGGCUCUUCCCACCACCGCCUCUGCCCCCUCGGCUUUCUCCUUCGUCUGAGAAUAAACUCUGGAAGCAAAUCAGCA